CCAUCCAAGUUCCCUCAGGACACACCCCCCAUCACUCCCCGACUCCCUCAGGACCUCCAUCACCAGCCAAAUCUUCCCCCGAUCCCUGGCCUGCACCCACACCCCGUCUCUCAACCCCCCCGCCGCCGCUUCCCUGGCAGCUCCCGCUGCCACCCGGCCUCGGCUCCCCCCAGUCGGCGCCGUCGCGCGGGGACCCGCCCCCGCCGCUCCUGUCUCCGAGCGGCUCCUCCGCUGACUCAGCGGCGCUUGUGCCCCGGUGACCCCGGCUUGGAGGCGGCGUGUCACGGGCGCUUCCUCCUCCCCGCCCCCGCGGUACCCUCCCGGCGGACCCUCGCCUCGGCAGCGGCGACAGCAGCGCCCGGCCCAGCCCGCGGAGCUCACCAUGAAGCGGGGCUACGAGGUGACCCGCAACCCGCAUCUCAACAAGGGCAUGGCUUUUACUUUGGAAGAGAGACAACAGUUGAAUAUUCAUGGACUAUUGCCUCCUUGCUUUCUCAGUCAAGAUGUCCAGGUUUUAAGGAUUCUUGUGAAUUUUGAAAGACAAACAUCUGACCUAGACAGAUACAUUCUGUUAAUGGGUCUUCAGGAUCGAAAUGAAAAGCUUUUCUAUAAAGUGCUGACGUCUAACAUUGAAAGGUUCAUGCCCAUUGUUUAUACUCCCACUGUGGGUCUGGCUUGCCAACAAUAUGGUUUAGCAUUUCGGAGGCCAAGAGGUCUUUUUAUCACCAUCCAUGACCAGGGGCACAUUGCUACAAUGCUUAAAUCGUGGCCUGAAGAUGCCAUAAGGGCUAUUGUGGUGACUGAUGGAGAACGUAUUCUUGGCCUUGGAGACCUUGGCUGUUAUGGAAUGGGCAUCCCAGUUGGCAAAUUGGCCCUUUACACAGCUUGUGGAGGAAUGAAACCACAGGAAUGUCUGCCUGUAAUCCUGGAUGUGGGAACUGAUAAUGAGGAGUUGCUAAAAGAUCCCUUAUAUAUUGGACUGAGGCACAAAAGAGUUCGGGGUCAAGCCUAUGACAACCUUCUUGAUGAAUUCAUGCAAGCUGUGACUUUCAGGUAUGGCAUGAAUUGCCUUAUUCAGUUCGAGGAUUUUGCUAAUGCCAAUGCAUUCCGCCUCCUGAAUAAGUAUCGUAACAAGUACUGCACUUUCAAUGACGACAUUCAAGGAACAGCGGCUGUGGCUGUUGCAGGUCUUCUAGCAGCUCUGCGUAUCACUGAGAACAAGCUGUCAGAUCACAAUAUCCUGUUCCAGGGAGCUGGAGAGGCUGCCCUUGGAAUAGCAAAUCUGAUUAUUAUGGCUAUGCAAAAAGAAGGGAUACCAGAACGUGAGGCCAUCAAAAAGAUAUGGAUGGUAGACUCAAAAGGAUUAAUAGUUAAGGAGCGUUCCUCAUUAACAACUGAAAAAGAAAGGUUUGCCCAUAAACAUGAUGAAAUGAAAAAUCUAGAAGAUAUUGUUAGAGCUAUAAAACCAACUGUACUUAUAGGAGUUGCAGCCAUUGGUGGUGCAUUUACAAAUCAGAUUCUCAAGGAUAUGGCUUCCUUUAACAAGCAGCCUAUCAUUUUUGCCCUAAGUAACCCAACCAGCAAAGCAGAGUGCUCUGCAGAGCAGUGCUACCAGAUGACUGAGGGGCGUGGCAUUUUUGCAAGUGGAAGCCCCUUUGACCCUGUGACUCUUCCAAGUGGGCGCACUUUCUAUCCUGGACAGGGUAACAAUGCAUAUGUGUUUCCUGGCGUUGCCCUUGGUGUUGUUUCAUGUGGACUGAGGUAUAUAAGUGAAGAAAUUUUUCUCACUACUGCUGAGGUGAUAGCUCAACAGGUUUCAAAGAAACAUUUAGAGGAGGGUCGUCUCUACCCUCCAUUAGUUACUAUUCGAGAUGUGUCACUGAAAAUUGCUGUGAAGAUUGCAGAACAAGCCUACAGCAAUAAGACAGCAUCUUUCUAUCCUGAGCCUGAAGACAAGGAAGCAUUCAUCCGCUCACAUGUUUAUAGCACUGAUUAUGACAACUUUAUGGUGGACUCUUAUGUCUGGCCCAAGGAAGCCAUGAAAAUACAGACCGGAAAUCUUUAAUAGAAAAUGAACAAGGUAGCAGAAGUUGAAAGAGUUCAAAUACUUAUUACUUUUUUGUCUGUUAAAUCUAAAAAAUUUUUUUUAAAAAAUCUUUAAUAGAAAAUGAACAAGGUAGCAAUAGUUGAGUUCAAAUAUUUAGUAGUUUUCUGUUAAAUCUAAAAAUUGUUUUUUUAAUAUGCUGAAAACUUUUACAAUAAGACUAAUUUUUUCUUUAAAACUUUGUACUUUUAUUUCAAAUUAGUUGAUUAAGCUGCUAAAAUAACUACACAAGAAUAAAAAUCAAUUUGGGCAAUGGACUUUUGGCAACUGUUUCCCUUUUUUCCUUUGAUUUUCAGCUGGAAUAUUACAGAACAUAUUUAUUAUGGAGAAUCACAUCUCUAUACAUUUCUGACGUAUUACAAUACAUUGUAAUAGAGAACUAAAUCCUGCUCUCACUGAUGCCACUAACUUCAGUGAAAUCAGGAUUAUGUCCAAACUGACAAACAGUAUGGCAGAGACUAAAUAACCUAAGAAUGCACAAUCUGUUUAAUUAAGGAAAGGCACCGUACAAUUUGCAUGUAAAAUAGUUAUAUUAUUAUCUUUAAAUAAAAAUAAUGAAAACAUUUUUGUUUUAAAACAUGGUAAAUGUAGAAUAUUUUUCCCUAGGAAAAACUGUAUGCACAUUUGCAAUCAAGCAGGUGUAAUGGCAGCUGUCGAGAGAAAGUUUUCUAAUGAGAGAAGCUAAUGAAUAUCCCUUCAAAGCCUACAUAUAUCUCCCUCUAGUGAUUGAGUGGUUUUUUUACUAAUAUAUAUUAGCUAUGUUAAUCUUCAGUAUUCAUUUCACUAAAAUGGAAGUGUCCAUAGCACAUGUUAAAUAUAUAACCAUGUCUUCCAAAACGUUACAUAGUUAUGUGAUUUAUUUACCCGUUCAUUUCUGUUAAAUUAUGUAUUUGGUUUAGUUUUACAUUUUUUAUAUCUUUUAAACUUGUAAGACUUCAUCCCCCCCAUGUGAAAUAACAGCUACUCUGAUAUUUGGUACACUUCAGUAGUGUGGUUCUCUGACUUGAGGCUCAUGAAAAUCCUGUGUACUGUAUAUUCUGGGCAUAAAGAGCCUAUUAAAGGGUUGUGAAUAGGACUCUUUUUAUAACUAAAUAUUUUGUAGACAGCCAUACUGACAUUAGCCAUCUGCUGAGCAGGCCAGCUGUGCAUCUCUGUAUUAAACCCUUAUGUGUGCACGCUCUUUAUAUACAAUUUAUAAAUCUUUGAAUAUUUCAGGUAGGGUAUGUUAAAACACAGACUACCAAAGCAAAAGUUCAGUCUUUAUAACCAGUUUCCAGACUAUCCAAAUAGUUUAUCUAAGGAAAAGAAAGCUCUCCAACCCUUUAGAGAGCAAGCACAUUUUAUUGUUUGACAUUCAUUGAACACAUAUUACCCUUUAGCACCUGGCUGUGAUGUUCAGUAAAUUGUUCGUUUUGAUUUCUUUGGCAUUGUUCCUAAUAAAUGCUCAAAUAAAUUGGUUAGUCUCUAA